AUGGGUCGGCUCGACCGGAGUGAUACCACGGCCUCACAGAAAACCGGCAGCCAGCAUCCCGAAGUAGAAGCGGCCACAGGCUCCAAGGCCUCCAGACCAAGGCGUGGAAGGCCUAGCGGUGCAAAACACAUCCCUCUAACCCUGGAAGAAAGACGCGCAAGAAAUGCGCAGUAUGAGAGAGAGCGGCGAGAAGACUUCGCCGCAGCGCAGGCAGAAUUAGCGGAGGCCGCAGGUUGCGAUCCCAAUGCAUCGACGAUUAGUGCCACAUCUCCAAAUUCUCCGGAGACAGAGCUACCAACGCCGUCACAGUUUACGCACCAGACACCAUCGCCACUGCUGCAGCUGGAGACUGCGUUAGAACAAGAGAUAGCUCUUCGUUUCUCUCAAGACGACUUACUCCAGAUUUACGGAGCUCUAGAAUCUGAAGAUUUUAUCUGA